ACAACGGAACAACGAAGAAUCUUUUGGGAUUAUGAUGGUGUACACCCAACCGAGGAAGGGUAUGAUCUCAUGGGAGAUAUGAUCUUCGACCUUUUACUUAAAGAAGGAUCAUGGGAUUAAAUUGCAUUGCCAUAUGGGAGACAAUAUUUUUGAGCAACAAUAUAUCGUUCUUAUAUAUAAACAUAAAAACUUUCUUUUUUGGUUUUGCUCAAUCUUUGGCCUUUUUUUUCUUACAUACUAGAUCUAUAUUCAAAAAAAAAAAAAAAAAAAUUCGAAUCAAUUUUGAUGAUGACUUUCAUCAUGUUGAUUUGAGUUUUUUUUUUUUAUUUUACUUCUCUUAUCGUCUCCCUUUUUUCUUUAAAUAACGAUAAUGAUUUGAUAUCAAAUCGAAACUCGGAGUAAAGGGAGUUUCACUUCCCACACAUUAAUUUUUC